CGACUUCUCAGAUCCGUCCCUUCGUCGCACAGACAGAGGCGGAGAGAGAGAGAGAGAGCGAGCUCGCGACGUCGCCUCAGCGCAACCAUGGCGAUCAGGACCUUCGUCCUCUUCCUCGCGCUCUUCCUGUCGUCCACGAACCUCGUCUCCUCGCUCUACGAAGAUCAGGUCGGCCUCAUGGACUGGCAUCAAAAGUACAUUGGGAAGGUCAAGCACGCGGUGUUUCACACUCAGAAGGCUGGCCGAAAGCGCGUCGUGGUGUCAACGGAGCAGAAUGUCAUAGCAUCGCUUGAUCUCCGCCAUGGUGAUAUAUAUUGGAGACAUGUUCUCGGUGCUGAUGAUGCCAUUGAUGGAAUUGAUAUUGCUCUUGGAAAAUAUGUCAUUACCCUAUCAUCUGGGGGAAGUAUUCUAAGAGCUUGGAAUCUUCCUGACGGACAAUUAGUUUGGGAGUCCGUUUUGAAAGGCUCAAACCCCUCAAAGACAAUGUUAAUCGUGCCAACAAGUUUCAGAGUUGAUAAGGAAAAUUUGAUUUUUGCUUUUGCCGAAGGGUGUCUCCAUGCUGUUUCUAGUGUUGAUGGUGAAAUUAUUUGGAGAAAGGAUUUUGCCGCUGAAAGCUUAGAGGUUCAGCAGGUUGUCCAGUCUCCUGGAGAGGAGACUGUACGUGUUCUAGGAUAUCUUCAAUCUUCCCAGUUUCAUGCAUAUCAAAUCAACCCCAGAAAGGGAGACGAGAUAAAGCAUGUAAAUGUAGAUUUUCCUGGUGGCUUUUCUGGGGAUACAGUGCUAGUUUCAGAUGAAGUACUUGUGGCAUUGGAUGCCACUAGAUCAGUUUUACUAACGAUAUUCUUCCAAGAUGGAGAAAUCAACUAUCAAAAGACACAGAUCUCGAGUUUAGUUGAUGAUUCUCACGGGGUGGUAGAGAUAUUACCUUCCAAGCUUGCUAAUAUGUUUGCUCUGAAAACAAAUAAGUUCCUAGCCCUUGCCAGAGUGACCGAUGGAGGAAACGUGGAGCUGGUUGAAAAAAUUACGGAAGCAGCAGCUCUCAGUGAUGCUAUUUCAUUAUCAGAGAGCCAGCAGGCUUUUGCACUCAUUCGACAUGAAAAUGAGAAGCUCCACGUUGUCGUGAAACCUGUUCAUGACUGGAAUAUGGAUUUGCUGAAGGAGACCAUUAAGAUCAAUAACCAUAGAGGUCUGGUCCAUAAGGUCUUCAUAAACAACUAUGUUAGGACAGACAGGUCUCAUGGGUUUAGGGCCUUAAUUGUCAUGGAAGAUCAUUCAUUAUUAUUGAUCCAACAGGGUGAGAUAGUUUGGUCUAGGGAGGAUGGCCUUGCAUCAGUGAUAGAUGUAACAACCUCAGAACUACCUGUGGAAAAAGAUGGCGUUUCAGUAUCAAAAGUGGAACAGAAUCUCUUCGAAUGGCUUAAGGGGCACAUUCUGAAGCUCAAGGGGACUUUGAUGCUUGCAAGCCCCGAGGAUGUAGCAGCAAUACAAAAGAUGAGGUUGAAAAGCUCCGAGAAGAGCAAAAUGACCAGAGACCACAAUGGUUUCCGCAAGUUGCUCAUAGUGCUUACUGGGGCUGGCAAAGUCUUUGCAUUGCACACAGGAGAUGGAAGGAUUGUUUGGUCUCUCUUCGUACAAUCACUCCAUAAAUCUGGGGAGUGUGUUUAUCCAACUGGGCUCCGUAUUUAUCCAUGGCAGGUUCCUCAUCAUCAUGCGAUGGAUGAGAAUCCAUCUGUUCUCGUUGUUGGUCGGUGUGGACCAAGUGAUGAUGCACCAGGCCUUCUCUCUUUCAUUGAUACCUACACGGGCGAGGAGCUCAAUUCUUUGGUUCCUAUACAUUCUAUAGUGCAAGUUAUUCCUCUGCCAUUGACAGAUUCAACAGAACAGCGUCUUCAUUUACUUGUAGAUGCAAACCAGCAAGCGCACCUAUACCCUAGAUCUACAGAGGCUUUAAGUAUCUUCCGUCCUGAAAUCUCGAAUAUUUACUGGUAUUCAGUUGAAGCUGAUAAUGGCAUCAUCAGGGGGCAUGUAUCUAAGGGUUCUUGUAGUCAUGAUGAAGAGGAUGAAUACUGUUUUGGUCCCAAAGACUUAUGGUCAGUUGUACUCCCUGCAGAAUCAGAAAAGAUUGUUGCAACGGGGACACGUAAAGUAAACGAGGUGGUUCACACUCAGGCAAAGUUGAUAGGUGACCAAGAUGUGAUGUACAAGUAUAUAUCAAGAAAUCUACUGUUUCUGGCAACAACUGCACCAAAAGGUAGCGGUGAAAUUGGAUCAGCGACCCCCGAGGAGUCAUCGCUGGUAGUGUAUCUUAUUGAUACCAUAACUGGUCGUAUAUUGCACCGCAUGACUCAUCAGGGCUCACAAGCUCCAGUCCAUGCUGUUUUUAGCGAGAACUGGGUUGUCUACCACUAUUUUAAUCUCAGAGCACACAGAUAUGAAAUGUCAGUUGUCGAGAUUUAUGAUCAGUCUCGAGCGGAUAACAAAGACGUUUUGAAGCUAGUUGUUGGGAAACAUAAUCUUACUUCACCUGUAUCUUCGUAUUCUCGGCCAGAGGUUAUAGCAAAAUCACAGUCUUACUUUUUUACUCACUCAGUGAAAGCUAUAACUGUGACAUCAACUGCCAAAGGCAUAACUUCAAAGCAGCUUCUAAUCGGUACAAUUGGUGAUCAGGUAUUGGCUUUGGAUAAGCGAUAUUUAGAUCCUCGGCGUACUGUUAAUCCUACACAAGCUGAGAAAGAAGAAGGAAUUAUACCCCUCACGGAUUCUCUCCCAAUUAUACCUCAGUCUUAUGUGACACAUGCCCUUAAAGUUGAAGGUCUUCGAGGCAUAGUUACGGUACCUGCAAAGCUGGAGUCAACGACCCUUGUCUUCACGUACGGCGUUGAUCUCUUUUUCACCCGGCUUGCACCGUCAAGGACCUAUGAUUCACUCACCGACGACUUCAGCUAUGCUUUGCUUCUCUUGACAAUAGCCGCGCUCAUCGCGGCAAUCUUCGUAACGUGGAUCUGGUCCGAGAGGAAAGAAUUGCAAGAGAAGUGGAGGUGAGGGGAGCCUCCAUCUUAUUCAUUCUCUCACUUUCACAUGUACUAGGGUUUUUCCUAUUUCUUCCCCGAUCUCAAUAGAAGACUUAACUUCUAAUUUGUAAUCUACAGUUAUCAGUUUUGUAGCAUGGUCUUAGUGAAUUUUUCCUUCUGGCAAUAUGACUGGCCGAAAAUAGAUAUAAAUUGCGAAUUUCCACUA